GUAACAAAUACGUUUCAUGCUUUGUUUCUUCUAACCCUCGCACAGCGUUCCGACGGCGAUCUGUCUAGUUUGGUAUUCAUGGGUGGUAAGAAGAAAGCACUGAUUGUUGGGUUUAACUAUCCUGAAUCAAAAAUGCAUAUCAAGAGUCCUGCGAACUCUGCAACCAGAUUUACGGAUUGUUUGAUGACAUAUUAUGGAUUUCUUUCCGAUGAUAUAACUCUUAUGCUUGAUGAAAACCCCCGCUUGAAUUGUAAUUUUCCUACCAACCAUCAAAUUACUCCUUCCUAUUUCACAGAGACAAUGCCAUCCACUUACGCCUCCGCCAUAUGCACAAAACUCUACCAAAUGAUAACAGAUUCUACUGAUGGAGACACCCUGGUUUUCUAUUUCUGUGGACACGGUGGUCGCACUCCAGCAACCGAUUACAAUAAUAAUUCUGGCUUUGUUGAAUAUAUGUGUUGCAGUGAUGGAUCUAUUAUCACAGACUCAAAUCUUCGGCACCUAACCGAAUGUGUAUCGGUGGGGUGCUCGUUUACUGUUGUGGCGGAUUGCACGGCAUCUGGAGGACUUAUAGAAGGAGCUAAAGAGAUUUUAGGACACAGUACGGAGACUCCCUUAACCAAUAAGACCUCUCUCACCAGUAAUAUUUGGGAACCAACAUUAGGCACGGCACGUCGCCCAUUGGGUAUACUUUUAUCUGCCUGUCAAAAUGAUGAGGAAGCUCGGGCCGCCAUUAAUUUCAAUAGAAUGGAGUCUGCCUGCUUUUAUACAGAUGCCUUACUUCUUGUUAUCCAAGAAACGAAAGGGAACGUGACUAAUUGGAAUUUAGUCAAAACUAUAACACUUAUGUUUCAAAAUAUGCAAUGGAAACAAAUCCCUGGUUUGUACUGCGACGAGAGUCAAAUGGAUUUGAAAUUUUUGGGUCUUAAUGGAUCAGAACAAGGAUUAUAGGGUGGGUCUUAGUUACUUUUCUUUGUGUCGGAUGGAUUAUGAGACACUGGUUCCGCAGGCAGGUAUUUGCCACGGAUCUCUAUCUUUAGUCAUUUUUAUGUUUUCCUCGUAGUAAUUUCUUGGUUGUAUGAACUGUUCUGGAUGUUUUGGAGAAGCCGGUUUAUAUAGCAUGCAAUUGUUCCAACCAUAAGUGUUCUUGUUGUGUUGUGUUGUGCUGCCUGGUAGGCUCUGUACUUGCUAGAUAUUUGGUGUAUUUCUCGGGUUAUCCCUUUACUCUCUGUCUCCAAUCAUAUGUGUCUCGAUGUUUAUAUUUUCA